AUGAUCAUAGCCGCGCAGGCUUACAUACGUCCCGCUUUUUUGCUUUUUUCAGGCACCGGCUGCAGAAUGGUCGUCGACCACUUCUCGCGGCCUGACCCUGCUCUCAACCUGGAGGACCCGGGCUGGCGAGCUGUCUUACGAGCAGCCAGAGACAACGACAACAUCGACAUGAAGAUCACGGGGACGUACAGGCUCGGCGUCUGCCCGGAGAUUCUCGCCGGGAUGGCACAAAUCGCGAGGGAGAGCUUUGGGAUCGAGCGUCUCCUCCGGGGCUCCCAGGACUUCGCGGCGCUGCUGCAGACUGUUCGCGACGGGUACCCCGACGAGGAGGAUCAGAAGAGAGUGCUCUACUCCAACGCCGCCAGGGUGUUCUCGUUCCCGUCGCUGAAGUGUUGA